UGUGUGGUUAUUGUUGGGAUUUUGACACUGCUACUGUUCGCUCUGUUCUGUGAUCAUGGCUGCACUGGACCCCGCCAGCCAUGUUUGCUAAUUUAAAACCCAAAGCUUAGGGAAUAGUUGUUUAUUAUUUAUCACCGUGCCAUCUUCACCCGCUAAGACGAAGGUUUGGGGCCAUCUGCGCCUUCGCAGCCCGAGGACCGAAAGAUGGACUCAAAUAAUCAUUUCAACUAUGGCACCCACUCCUCAGCAAACUCAGGACUGAAACUCUCCUCAGGGGAUUCUCUUUAUACUAACGGGUCCUCCAUGAGUUUUCCUCAGCAGGGGAAGAAUAUGAAUGGCGAGAUGAAUGUGAAUGGCGUCACUACUGUACUCGGGUCCAGUGGGCCUGGUUCCCACCCACCAUCAGCUCCUUACCCACAUAUGAGCAACCACCACCAGAGCAGUAUGGGCUACGACUACCUGUGGGGAGGGCACCCACAGUACAGUCCUGCCAUGGGCGCCUCUCCGGGACACGGGAUGCAUCAGAAGCAGCCCACGCCCGGGAUGGUGCAGCCUCAGUCACAGCACCACUUCCAGGGUCACGGACAGUACCAGCUGAACGGGGGGAUAGAAAGCUCACACCAGAACCCCGCGACAGGCCCGGCAAACAUGCCCCUUUCUGGGAGUCAGUACUGGAACAGGAGUAACCCUGGCCAACAGCAGAUAGGUUAUAAUUCCCACGGCAUGUACGGGACCUACCAGAGUCAGACGCAUCCUGGGAUUACACCGUCACAGCAUCACCAGCAGCAGUCCAUACAGCCGUCACAUCAACCGUCGCAGCAGAACCUCCACUCCCACCGCAACCCACACCAUCACCACCAGCAGCACCAGCAACCGCAGCAUUAUGGCAUGAUGCCUAAUGGGAUGCCCUACUACCAGCAUCAGCCUCAGCACCCGUCCCUGCCAUCUCCUCAGCAGCAGCAGCAGCAGCCGCAGCCCCAAGGCCAGGCUCAGAUCAUGCCCCCAGCUGCGCAGAAUUUUACCCCUCCACGUGGCAGCCCGCAGCACCACAGUUUAGGCAGAGGGAGCACCGGUAGCCCUCUUCCUGUGGGGGUAUCGGCACCAAUAUUGUCACCAUCAACAGGACAAGACAGUGGAUCUCCAAAGGGCCACAACAGGGAUCACAGUCCCCAUUCCAGUAGUGUGGGAAUGUCUUCUCCAGUGCAAGGGCAUUCAAGGGAACCUGUCAAGGAGGUAGACACGAGCUAUAAUGGCAGUGAAAGGGCACCUGUUGCCCACAGGCUACCAAAGACUGACAGUUACCAAUCCAAACCGUCUGCUGCUCACCUGGGCCCCCCAAGUGAUUAUCGUCAGCAUUCUGAACAGCCAGCAGCUCAGCAUCCAGGAAUGGCCUCACCUGUCAGAGACCCAGUGGUUAGCCCACCUCCUCAAUCGGUGUCAUCUCUGCUCUCUGUGUCUUCAUUAACUGCAGCAGCGUCAGCGUCUCCAACCAUGGCCUCGACUCCACUCCGGGUCUCUGCGGCUCCUGCUUUCUCCGGAUCCCCCACGUCCGCACCUGGUCCCCCGACACUUUCAUCGGUUACUGUAGAUUCGACCCCACCACAAAUCUCAACACCUCCCAAUCUGCCCUUUGCUUCAUCUCCCGCUGCUUCACCCAGACUUACCACUCCUCCCCUGAUGGUACAGGGCCUCAGGCCGCCCUCUUCUGCUGCCACAGACGUAUCUCCUGUAGGAUCCCAACAUUUGUCAGCAGCUUCCUCCUUCUUGCCUGCAUCACCCUCAAAGGUGGCAACACCUCUUUCUUCGACAGAUGGUAGACCUGCAGCGGUUUCUUCAGUGCCUCCAGUCUCCUCUUCAUCAAAGUCUGUGGUUCAUCAAAGCCCUGGACCUCCUAUAACCGUCUCCCCUCCCGCCGUCAUGUCCAUGUCCUCUCAGCCUUCAUCCAUCAAGUCUCUUGAGAUGCAGACGGCUCAAGAGUCGAAGCCGCCGUCCUGCUUCACUGGUGGUUCUGAAGUCCAUGAAAAGCCUGGACCCCCAAAGUUAAUGUCUACUACUUCAUCACCUGGUGGGGCUCCAUCUCUUAUUUCAGUACCGUCAACCUCACCCGGCUCUUCUUUAUCAUCAUCAGCAACUUCUGCAUCUGUGUCUAAAAGCCCUUCUAUGGGCAGUUCAUUUUGUGAACCAGAGCUCACACCCCAUUGUCAGAAAUACACUCCUCCAGCUGUUGAAUUGGGUCUUUCAACUGCUUCUGCUGCACCAUCUGCACCAGGAAGUUUGAACUUACCUUCUCUAGCAGCCCACGAAAGUCCUACAGUCCGACCUCUGUCUACCCUACCUCUUUUAACCACUCAAGCCUCCAGGACUGCACCCGUGUCCACCCCUCCUGCCUUGCCUCCUGUAAUGGGUACGUCUUCUGGUGUGGUCCAAAGUCCUGAUUCUGAGCAGAAUCCUCCUAAAUCGGAGCACCGCGGUCAUAGCGAGGAGAGGAAAAUGUUGGCGAGUAAAAGAAAUGGAAAAUCAGAAGAACACCAGCAUGAUACAGCGCCAAUAAGAACAUCACAAGUGGAAGUGAGUGAUGCCGCUGGCAAUUCCAUGCAGACUCCAGUUGCUCCUGAUCAAAAGCCCAAGAAUAAACAAACAGAUUUUGAUAAGCACCACAUGCAGAGCAGCAUCAUCUGGGAUCCAGAGGACUCCCUGGAGGAAGGGACUCCGCUCAGAAACUCCCCACAGCUUAACAGCACAAGAGUAGAAAAUCUGACGGAUGAACAAAGUUUUGAUAACACUUGUGACACCCCCUCUAGAUUCAACGUCAGCUCCGUCUUGGAAAAGACCUCUCUCUUAGGAGGUGAUAGCUCCUACGCAGGUGACUCCUCUCAUUUUGACAACAGCUUUCACCCGAGAAAGAACAUCUCUCAGUUUGACAGCACUUCCCAGGCUGAAGAGGAGCCCUCUACUACGCUCGACACCACUAGAGAUACCAGCUGUUCUGUGGAAGACUCUAGAGGUGACACACUGGACUCCACCAGGGACGGGGAAACUACUGAGGCGGAAGAGACGGGGAGCAGUUUCCAAAUAACUGGGGAAUCCACGCUAGAGUCUUCUCUCAACAACACCUCUCAGCUCGAAGAGCCUCCAGUGGACUCGAGCGAUGUGUCCAACUCUCGCUCAUACGUGUCAUCUUAUUCAGGUCGUCAAGGACCUGAAGCAGAGUGGGAGACCAGAGGACACGAUGCACCAGACUCAGCUGGACACAUUAAUAUUAAGACCACUGCUGAUGAGGUAAUGACGCCCCCGAGUUUCAGGAUGAGAGAUGAGAACUUCAUCGCCUUCACUACCCCAGCAGAGAGCCCUGCUGUACACCCACUCCAACCAGUAACUGACCAGGCUGUGGCAGCUGCUGCAGGGCAUCUGAAAACCCCAGGGAAACCACGCAAACCUCGAGAAACAAAGGCAAUAUGGAUAAAAACCACAGCUCCAGAGGCGACCCAGCGCAAGCCUCGGGCACGAACCCCUAAAGUGGAGAAGACAAAGGCAGACGAAGAAGGCGCUAAAGAGGAGGCACCUAAGGGCAGAAAGAGGAAGAAGUCUCUCAAGGACGAUGUCAAAGGAACACCAGAUGCAUCCGGGGAGGCCGGUCUUCCUACGGGAGAAGUUGAUCCAAUAACGGCCGCAAUUGAAGCCGUUCUGGCCAACGCAUCAGCUAUGAGCACAGCACUUGAGAAACCCAAGAAAGCAAAAAGGGCCAAGAAACAAGACCAAGAAGGAAACGUGGUCAAAACAAAGAAACAAGAUGCAGAUGCAACGGCUGAAGACGGUGAUGAAAACGAUGACGACAGCUCCACUGCAGGUGAAUCUAACAGACGGAGGGUCGCGACAGAGGACCAGGUCCAGAUCCCUCUGAUGCACGGUUGGAAGAGGGAGAUUCGCGUGAAGAAAAUGGAGAACAGGAUGAAGGGCGAAACCUGGUACUACACUCCAUGUGGGAGGAGGAUGAAGCAGUUCCCAGAAAUAGUCAAGUACUUGAAGAGACACGCAGACAGCGUCGUCACCAGAGAACACUUCAGUUUCAGCCCACGUAUGCCGGUUGGAGACUUCUAUGAAGAGAGAGAAACGUCAGAGGGUGUGAAGUGGGUCCUCUUGGCUAAUGAGGAGGUUCCCUCUAUGAUCAUGGCCAUCACCGGUCGGCGUGGUCGACCUCCAAACCCUGACAAAGAGAAACCUCGCAGGGUUCGUGGUGUGAAGGGGGCAGCGCGGCGCCCGGGUAGACCUCCCAAAACCAAGAUGAUCGACCUCCUCAGCAAAGUCGACGCCAAGCUGCUGAAGCGACUCGAGGCCAAGGAAGCCCUCACUGAAGAGGAAAAAGAGAAGCUUGCAAAAAUCAAAAAGAAAAUGAAGAGAAAGGCACGAAUGAAGAGAAGGGAGGACGCCAAGAUCAAGAAGAUGAAACUGGAAAAGAAGAAAGCCAAGCUGGAGCAAGAGGCCAAACAACUCGAGGUUAAGACCGAAGCAACAGAUGUGACGACCUCGCAGGUAACUCAGCCGGCCUCCGAGUCUGCGGCAGAGCCCAAGAAGCCCGGCCGCAGGAGGUCAGUCAAGGUUGAGGUCCCUCCACCAGUACAACAGACAGAUGGGGAGAGGAUAGCCCAGGGUAAGAGAGUACUGGGCGCUCGGAGUAAAGCCAAGGCUCUGGCUAAAGCCCAAGCUGAGGCAGAGGCAGCUGCUCAGGCCGCUGCGGCGGCUAAGAGGGCGGCGGAGCGGAGAGCGCAGGCCCAGAGACGCCUGGAGGAGCGGAAAAGGCAGCAGUUGAUCGCAGAGGAGCUGAAGAAGCCCACUGAAGACAUGUGUCUCACAGACCACAAACCCCUGCCAGACCUGUCCCGCAUCCCUGGAGUGGUUCUUUCCGGUACAGCUUUUGCUCACUGCCUAGUUGUGGUAGAGUUCCUACAUGCUUAUGGCAAAGUGAUCGGCCUGAACAUUCCCAAGGACAUCCCCAGUCUCUCCACCCUGCAAGAAGGCCUCUUGGGGCUGGGUGACAGCCAGGGAGAGGUUCAGGACCUGCUGAUAAAGCUGGUGGAGGCUGCACUGCAUGAUCCAGGCCUGCCGUCAUAUUAUCAGUCGGUAAAGAUUCUUGGGGACAAGCUGGUUGAGUUGGAGCUGACCCGCAGCACGGUGUCAGAAGUACUUCGCAUCUUCCUGGAGUCUCAUGGUUAUGAGACGGAGGUGUGCAACACGCUGCGGACCAAAACGUUCCACGCCCUGCCUCCAGACACUAAGGCGGCCAUCCUGGCUUUUUUGGUGGAAGAGCUCAACAGCAGCAACAUUGUGACUAGUGACAUUGACAACACAUUGGAAAACAUGACAACCUACAGGAAGAACAAGUGGAUCAUUGAGGGGAAACUGCGCAAACUGAAGGUGGUGCUAGCACGUCGUACAGGGCGCUCAGAGGAAGAGCUGUGUUUCGAAGAGAGGAGGCGCAGCGCCAGAGUAGCUGAGGAAGAGAACCUCAGCCUGGAGGAGAGCGGGCUAGUCCUGGAGAGAGGAAACCGUCGUGCACGCAAAGAAGAACCCAAACUCAGUGAUACUGAAAGCCCUACCAAUGCCAGCAUUCCAGAGCUUGAAAGGCAGAUAGAUAAGCUAACCAAGCGCCAAGCAUUUUUCCGCAAAAAGCUGCUACAGUCUUCUCAUUCCAUGCGAGCCGUGUUGCUCGGUCAGGACCGGUACAGGCGCAGAUACUUGGCCCUACCUCACCUCGGAGGAGUUCUAGUGGAGGGACCAGAAGAACUGCUCAAUUCAGGAGAUGUCCUUGUAGCAGAGGUGCCUGUUACCUUCCUCAAAAAAGAGCCCAAAGUUGAGGAGAUCCCGACUCCAACCACCCCCCCUUCUACUCUGCCUUCCUCUCCUUCCUCUGCCACACCGGGCCAGACCCAGAGCUUUCCACCAGAGGAAGACCCCCUCCCCGGCACCGCAUCCCUCAUGAGCAGGCCCAGAGGACGUGGACGCCCCCGCAAAAUCAAACCUGAAGUUGAGCUUCACCUCCGCACUGCAAAGAUUCGGCGUCGCCGUCGAAGUAGCAUCAGGUCUGGGAGCGAAGAGGGGCCGGGGUCACCGAACGGCGGCACGCAAGACCUCACGCAAGCUGCUUUCCAGAGCUGGCUCAGCCAGUCGCAGGAAGCGGUGACCAACGGCACGUGCUCAGCGGCGGGGGAAGCUCCAGAGGGUAACCGACCAGAGGAGAGCGUAAAGGAGAUGGCAGAGAAACAGGGACAGUGGUUCAACCUGCUCCCCAAACAACCGUGUGAUGACAGCUCUCUCGCUGAGCCGCAGAUUCCCACCUCACCCCGCUCCCCCCCUAAACUCCUCCCUCAGAUCAAUGCACUCAUUGCUCCUCUGAUGCAGCCGGACCCACUCAUGCCUGGCCUGGCUCCUGCUGACCCUGUGACCCCAGCAGCCCCUCAGGAGGAAGCUCCUCCCACCAGCCCUGCUCAGGCUGUCCCUGCCUGUUCUCCGUCGGCAAACCCUCAGCUUCUUCCAGCUCCAGUUCCCCCUGCGCCGGCCGCUCCCGCUACACCUGUCAGGGCGGUUCGCAGGCGGAGGAGAGGCAGCAGAGGCAGCAGUCCCGCCCGCAGAGGGCCACGAGGAUCUGCGGCCAAGCGCCGCGGCCGCCCACCCAACUCAGUUUUCCAGGAGCUUGAACAACAGUACUUCACACAAAUGGUGGCCAAGCCCAUACCAGCAUCGAUGGUGCGUGGCUGGUGGUGGAUCAAGGAUCCAGAGGAGCUCUACAGCACCUUACAGGCCCUCCACCCAAGGGGCAUCAGGGAGAAGGUCCUCCAUAAGCAUUUGGCCAAACACAUGGAGAGCUUAGCCGAGAUGUGCACCAAACCUAUCGACGACCCAAUAUUUGAGUUGAAGGCCGAGGAGAAGGAUGUGUUGCUGGAGGCUCUGCAGCAGCCCUGGCAAGUGCAGGAGAAAGUAAUGGAGACGGACAUCAGUGCCCUGCAGUGGGUGGAGGACCUGGAGCAGCGCGUGAUUGCUUCUGACCUCCAUCUCAAGGCUGCUCCACAGAGCGCAGUGAAUGAUGCUGAAACAAACACAGAGACGCCGCUGGCAGAAUUCCAGCCCUACACGAUCCCGGACCCAGACUCCACACGCGAUGACCUCCAAUACUACGAACAUGAUGCGGACCCGCGUGACGACUGGAUCGUGCGGACCAAAAAGGAGUGGUCUGGCUUGCCUCGCAUCGCCACGCACCCGCUGGACCUGGCCGUGCUGCGGCUGUCCAACCUGGAGCGCAACAUCGAGAGGCGCUACCUGAAGGAGCCGCUCUGGAACCCAGCUGAAGUGAUGCGCCUCGCUCCCCUCACCCCUACACCUGGAGAAGAACAUCCCAUGGAUGUCAUCAGUCUGGAAAGCGAAAUCACCUCCCGACUACGAACGUGGCGGCAGGCGCUAGAUCGCUGCCGCAGCGCGCCCCAGCUCUGUCUGUGUUUGCUGCAGCUGGAAAAGGCCAUAGCUUGGGAAAGAUCCGUCACUAAAGUGACUUGCCAGGUGUGCAGGAAGGGAGACAAUGACGAGUGCCUGCUGCUGUGUGACGGCUGCGAUCGCGGCUGCCACAUGUACUGUCUGAGGCCCAAAAUCACCCAGGUGCCAGAGGGAGACUGGUUUUGUCCAACCUGCGUUGGAAAGGAUGAAUGCGAUUCCCCGGGCUCAUCCCAAAAGCGCACCAGGAUGAAAAAGAGGCGAUACGAAGACGAGAGCUCUGAAGAUGAGAUGAUGACGACGACGACGGCGGCGACGAGGCGCAGUGGCGGCAUGACAACACGGCACAAGGAGCCGGCGGCACCGUCCUCGUCGUCCCGUUUCUCCGGAGAAGGAGGCGGCUCAAAGCGGCGCCGCAUGAUGACACGCAACCAACCAGACCUCACCUUCUGCGAGAUCAUUUUAAUGGAGAUGGAGUCUCAUGCGGAUGCGUGGCCGUUCCUUGAACCCGUCAACCCCAGACUGGUGCCAGGCUACCGGCGCAUCAUCAAAAAUCCAAUGGACUUCCUCACCAUGAGAGAGAGGCUGCUGCAGGGAGGGUACUGCAGCUGUGAGGAGUUUGCGGCGGACGCUCAGCUCGUCUUCAACAACUGUGAGCUCUUCAACGAGGACACGUCGGAGGUGGGAAUGGCCGGACACUCCAUGAGGCGCUUCUUUGAGAGCCGCUGGGCGGAGUUCUACUCAAACAAGGACAAAUAGGAGCCUGCGACGAUCCACCCUGAUGGUGGGGCUGUAGACUGUUGGUGCUGUCACCGUCCCAGUCACACACUCUCCAUUACUGCUAAGACUCCCUGGAGGUUCUUCCAGCUACGUGUACUCUCUCAUGUAUAGGUAUAUAUGUAUAGAUUUUGGCUAUUUGUCUGUUAUCGUUUCCUCUACCGGCCUAAUCUUUUCUACAGGCCCACAGCUGAACUGGCUUGAACUCGUACCCAUUCCCUGUCUCAGAGAGUGAGAACACGUCUCUCUUCACCUUCCAUGUCUCGUCAUCUUCACCUCAGCACCUCAUCUGUCUUUCCUGUCACGUCCUCUCACAAGCCCCAUGUCGUAGCGAGGCCUUUGCUCGAGCUCUGCUGUGGGGCUCACGACGCGGUCUCAGGCCUCGCGUAUCAUGGCUCUCAGGCUCGUACUGAAGGUCACGGGCUGAUCACGCCAUCACAGCCUAACCCGCCACGUACCGGACCCGCUUGGCGCCGCUCAACGACAGAAUGGAUCAAAACUCUUCACAGAGCUCGGGCCAUUUCUUACCUGUUCAUUGGAAAUGUAAUGUACCGUGGUCUUAUGCCUAGAAGUAAUUUUUUUGCUCAAUAUAUUUUUAUUAUAUAUUCUAUAUAUAAAUAUAUAUAAAGAUUACAAUAGCUGGGAUUAUUUAAUAGCAAUAGCUUGUAGUGAAUGUGUACAGAUUACCAUAUAGAGAUGUCUAGACGAUUUAUGAAAAGGCCAGUUAAACUAAAAGGAAUCUGUUCUUGGACUUUCACGCGUAGACAUCGUAUAACCUCCACUUAAAGACACACACUGAAACACCUUUCACCAACACACACAAACAUGCACACAGUCUCACAAACACACACACACACACACACCUUCUGCUGCUGUCUGAAAGACACUGGUUUCUGAAACUGGAGGAUUUUUAGCGUCGGUUAGUCGGACGUAGACUCUCAUAUUUCACUGUCCUUCUUCCUGUUAAGAGCAAACGUUCACCUGAUCUCUGUCGCAGACUGCGUACAACCAAAAAGAAGUCUGCGUCAGAGUGACCCCCGCCGAAGGUUUGCUCUAACGCUGUAAUCGUCACUGAUAGGUCUGUCGAACGUUACUGCAUGUCUGACAAAGUCUGCAGCUUCAAGUCUGCAGUUUAGCAACUUGUUCCGUGUUUAAAAUUACAGUCACUCCUCUGUUUGUCUGUAGCUCGUCUGACCAGAUGAAAACCUCUCAAAGUGGCUACAUUAGACUGAGAUCCACUCAUUUUAAGGACUAGAAGUGCAAAGGAGCUCUGCAAAUGAAGUACCGGGCACGUUGCUGCCUGGUUUUCCGUCUUACAUUCCUUUUUAUUGUUUUGUUUUUUUUUUUGUUUUUUUUUUAAAUUGUGCUGUACAAGGGCCAAUGUACAACGUUGCACGGCAUGGUUGGUUGUGCUAUGAAGGCGACAGGAUGACUCUCUAGUCUGGGUUUUAUUUAAACUUGUUUCUUACACUGAACUCAAAUCCGUUGAUAGGAAAUGAACUCUGAGGUUCCUUAUUACACUUAAAGGGACGAGACGUUUUUUUCAGAAAAGAAAAAAAAAAUAGACAUGAAAACCAAACGUGGUGUUAAGUGAAUUUUUAAUAAUGUACAGUUUUGGUGACUUUAAAUUUGUUCCUUUAUAUUUUUAGGACCAAUUCAUCAUUUUUAAGAGGAGGUAUUACAAGACUCUGUUGUAUUAAGGUGAUGUAACACGUGUGCAUCUGUAGAAUGUACUGUGAGUUGAAUAAAAAUCACAUCUAGUAGAGA